AUGAGGCAGUACCAUCUGAACCGCUUAGGGGACUUAAUAUUUAGCAAUCCCGGCGCAGUAGAUGAGGCGUGUAAUGAUGGCACAAAGCCAAACCCUGAAGUUGGCAGGGCAGAGGAGAAUCCUGAGAGGGGAAAUUGGACCAGUAAAAGAGAGUAUAUGCUGUCCAUGAUAGGAUACGCAGUUGGCCUUGGAAAUGUGUGGAGAUUUCCUUAUUUGACCUACAAACAUGGAGGAGGUGCCUUUCUUAUUCCUUACACCAUUAUGUUAGCUGUGGCCGGGCUACCCCUUUUCUUCAUGGAGAGCUCCUUUGGACAGUUCUGUAGUCAAGGACCCAUCAAUGUGUGGAAAGCCGUGCCAAUACUGCAAGGGGUUGGCAUCACAAUGCUGCUUGUUAGCACUUUCGUGUCAAUCUACUAUAAUGUCAUCAUUGCUUACAGUCUCUACUACUUGUUUGCAUCAUUUCAAUACCCUUUACCAUGGAGUGACUGCUUCAGCUGGUCUGAUGGAAACUGCAGCACUACCUCUAAAGAAAUUUGCAAUAUGACUUCUCACAAUGAGAGUUCAAAUGGAAUAUUAGACAAGAACCAAACCUGUCCUGUAGAAAACCUCCUGAUUAUUGCUGCACAAAGCCCAAGUGAGCAGUAUUGGGAUUCGGUGGCUCUUCAGCGCACCAGUAGCAUGGAUGAAACUGGACCAGUUGUUUGGCACCUGGCCCUCUGUCUGCUAUUGGCUUGGAUCAUCAUUGGAGCCGCACUAUACAAGGGCAUCAAGUCUUCUGGAAAAGUGGUGUAUUUCACGGCUACAUUCCCCUAUGUGGUCUUGGUGAUUCUCCUGGUGCGAGGGGUUACCCUAGAGGGAGCAAGAAAUGGCAUUGAGUAUUACAUUGGCUCCCAGUCUAACCUCACCAAACUGUCGGAAGCAGAGGUGUGGAAGGAUGCAGCGACACAAAUAUUCUACUCCCUCUCCAUCGCUUGGGGUGGUUUGAUGGCCCUGUCAUCAUACAACAAGUUUCACAACAACAGCUAUCAAGAUUCCAUAAUUGUCUGUGUCACAAACUGUGGUACAAGUGUCUUUGCUGGCUUUGCUAUUUUCUCUAUUUUGGGACACAUGGCUCAUGUCUAUGGAAGGCCGGUAUCAGAGGUUGCCCAAGCUGGCUUUGGACUGGCUUUCAUUGCAUACCCUGAUGCUCUCUCACAACUGCCCAUAUCCCCUCUAUGGUCUAUCCUCUUCUUCUUCAUGCUGUUGACUCUUGGCUUGGAUUCCCAGUUUGCUGGUAUAGAGGUCAUCACAACCUGUCUCGAGGAUGCCUUCCCAAAAGUUUUAAAGGCCAAGCGUGCUCUCACCACUAUAGCCAUCUGCUUUGUCCUCUUCCUGCUUGGCUUACCAUGUGUCACUGGGGCAGGUAUAUACUGGGUGAGUCUGAUUGACCAUUUCUGUGGUGGCUGGGUUCUCUUGGUUUCUGGACUGUUGGAGCUACUUGGGCUUUCCUAUAUAUAUGGUAUUAAUCGGUUCAUUAAAGACAUUGAAAUGAUGAUUGGGCCCAAGAGCUCUCUCUUCUGGUUAUGGUGGAGGGCUUGCUGGUUUUGUAUCUCUCCAGUUGUUUUGUUGGUAAUACUUGGAUGGUCCCUGUACACAUUCCAGCCCCCUACAUAUGGCUCAGUGUCAUAUCCAGAAUGGGGCAUUGCCCUCGGCUGGUGUAUAGCUGUCUUCUGCCUAAUCUGGAUCCCCAUUGUGGCGGUCUGGAAGGUAGCCAAAGGUAGUGGGGGACCCUGGCAGCGUGUGAAAGCGGCAUGCAGAGCCACAGAAGACUGGGGACCUUACUUAGACUGCCACAGGGGGGAACGGUACAGUCAGCAACGGAGAGGGGAAACAACUGUGGAUCAACAGAACACCAAUGUGUUUGUUAUCUCAGAUCCGUCAACGGGUUGUAAAACCUGA